AUGGGUCACCGGACCAACAUCACUUCUGGGACAAAUAUCACCACUUGGCAACUGGAACCAACAUCAGUACUAGGAUACUGGGACCAAAGACCCAGUGGUGAUAUUGGUCCAAGUAAUAGUAUUAGCUCCAGUGAUAAUAUUGGUCCCAGUGGUCACAGUGGCCCCAAAGGUGAUAUUGCUCCCAAAGGCAAGAGUGGUGAUAUUGGCCACAGUGGUGAUAUUGGUCCCAGUGGUGAUAUUGUUCACAGAGGUGAUAUUGGUCCCAGUGGUCCAAAGAUGAUAUUGCUUCCAAAGGCCCCAGUGUGGUCCAAAGAUGAUAUUGCUUCCAAAGGCCCAAGUGGUGAUAUUGGCCCCAGUGGUUAUAUUGGCCCCAGUAGUGAAAUUGGCCCCAGUGGUUAUAUUGGCCCCAGAAGUGAAAUUGGUCCCAGUGGUGAUAUUGGUCCCAGAGGUGAUAUUGGUCCCAAGGGUGAUAUUGGUCCCAAUGGUGAUAUUGGUGCCAGUGGUGAUAUUAGUCCCAGAGGUAAUAUUAGUCCCAGUGGUGAUAUUGUUCCAGGUGGUGAUAUUGUUCCCAGUGGUGAUAUUGGUCCCAGUGGUGAUAUUGGUCCCAGUGGUGAUAUUGGCCCCAGUGGUGAUAUUGUUCCAGGUGGUGAUAUUGUUCCCAGUGGUGAUAUUGUUCCAGGUGAUGAUAUUGUUCCCAGUGGUUAUAUUGUUCCAGGUGAUGAUAUUGUUCCAGGUGGUGAUAUUGUUCCCAGUGGUGAUAUUGGUCCCAGUGGUGAUAUUGGUCCCAGUGGUGAUAUUGUUCCCAGUGGUGAUAUUGGCCCCAGUGGUGAUAUUGGUCCCAGUGGUGAUAUUGGCCCCAUUGGUGAUAUUAGCCCAAUUGGCGAUAUUGGUCCCAGUGGUGAUAUUGUUCCCAGUGGUGAUAUUGUUCCAGGUGGUGAUAUUGUUCCCAGUGGUGAUAUUGUUCCAGGUGGUGAUAUUGUUCCCAGUGGUAAUAUUGGUCCCUGUGGUGAUAUUGGUCCCAGUGGUGAUAUUGGCCCCAGUGGUGAUAUUGUUCCAGGUGGUGAUAGUGUUCCCAGUGGUGAUAUUGGUCCCAGUGGUGAUAUUGUUCCAGGUGGUGAUAUUGGUCCCAGUGGUGAUAUUGGUCCCAGUGGUGAUAUUGUUCCAGGUGGUGAUAUUGUUCCCAGUGGUGAUAUUGGUCCCAGUGGUGAUAUUGGUCCCAGUGGUGAUAUUGUUCCAGGUGGUGAUAUUGGCCUCAGUGAUGAUAUUGUUCCCAGUGGUGAUAUUGGUCCCAGUGGUGAUAUUGGCCCCAUUGGUGAUAUUGGCCUCAUUGGUGAUAUUGGCCCCAGUGGUGAUAUUGGUGCCAGUGAUGAUAUUGUUCCCAGUGGUGAUAUUGGUCCCAGUGGUGAUAUUGUUCCCAGAGGUGAUAUUGGCCCCAGUGGUGAUAUUGGUCCCAGUGGUGAUAUUGGCCCCAGUGGUGAUAUUGGCCCCAUUGGUGAUAUUGUUCCCAGAGGUGAUAUUGGCCCCAGUGGUGAUAUUGGUUCCAGUGGUGAUAUUGGCCCCAUUGGUGAUAAUGUUCCCAGUGGUGGUAUUGUUCGAGGUGGUGAUAUUGUUCCCAGUGGUAAUAUUGGUCCCAGUGGUGAUAUUGGCCCCAGUGGUGAUAUUGUUCCCAGUUGUGAUAUUGUUCCCAGUGGUGAUAUUGUUCCCAGUGGUGAUAUUGUUCCAAUUGGUGAUAUUGUUCCCAGUGGUGAUAUUGGUCCCAGUGGUGAUAUUGGCCCCAGUGGUGAUAUUGGUCCCAGUGGUGAUAUUGGCCCCAUUGGUGAUAUUAGUCCCAGUGGUGAUAUUGUUCCAGGUGGUGAUAUUGUUCCCAGUGGUGAUAUUGGUCCCAGUGGUGAUAUUGGUCCCAGUGGUGAUAUUGUUCCAGGUGGUGAUAUUGGCCCCAGUGGUGAUAUUGUUCCCAGUGGUUAUAUUGGCCCCAGUGGUGAUAUUGUUCCCAGAGGUGAUAUUGGCCCCAGUGGUGAUAUUGUUCCAGGUGGUGAUAUUGGCCUCAGUGAUGAUAUUGUUUCCAGUGGUGAUAUUGGCCCCAGUGGUACAUUGUACUUAGAUUAUUUACAUCUGAUCGUGGUUUAA